AUGGACCCUAGUAAGCAGUCUCAAUCGUCCAACCCAAUCUACCCAUUCGUUAUUCUUCCAGAUUAUCAACUUCUAGUGUGCAAGUUAUGCGGAUUUGCAACCCUACCUAACGAGGUCAACACACACCUCAGGACACAACACAACAACAUUUCUCUGGAAUGUCGGCGCAGGUUGGUAGAGCAGGUCAAAGAAAUCCCAAAUCUUCUCCAAGGCCAAGCUAAGCUUCGACUACCACGCAUACCGAUUGAACCGAUUUCUUGCCUUGCUGCACCGAGAUUGGACGGACUGAAGUGCCGGACAUGUGGACGUAUGUUCCGCCAAGCCCAAAAGAUGAGGCUCCAUUGUACGAAGGAGCACCUCUGGAAAAACCCACGAGACAGAGGAAGGCCAAUAUCAGGUGUGGAGCCGUCUGCUGAGUUGCCAUGGAUCGAGGGCGUCGCCUGUCAACGGUUCUUCCCUUCUCGGGAAGGUAGUAGAUGGUUCGAGGUCCUUCGAGAAACUGGAAAAUCGAAGAAGGGAGCGAGACUUGCAAAAUCAUCUCGGCCUGAUAUGAGCCAAGAUAUCCGAAGUCUGAACUGCGAGGCGCGCGCCCAUCUAAGUGAUGUAUUAGAGCGAGAGGAGAAGUAUUUUGACCGGAUGAAUCAGCCACACAUGAGUGCCAAGGACUUGGGCAGCCAUGCUCUUGCAUCUACCGGUCUAUGGCCAGAGAGAACUCAAUGGCGGGUCAUCUUUGAAAACGCUCGACGUGAUAUCUUUCAAGCAAUGACGCGGUUACCAAAUCGACAUUCAUUGAUGUCAGACUAUGUUAUGGCACAAGGAUGCCGGCAAGGAGACCUGUGUGUUAGGAGCUCCUACGUGGAUGAACAGAAAAUAUCAUGUACCAUGAAGGUGUUAGACUUGGUGAUAGAUCGCUGCGAGAACACAGUCCGUUACACCAGUCGCACCCUACUCUUCUAUUCCCAAUUGUCGUGUACCCCUAAUUGUCGCGUACCCCUGCCCACUUCGUACGUAUAUUUCUAUCUCCAGUCCAUUCCCAUACACCCAUACUAUGGCAACUUAUCUUUCCCGUUUUGA